AUGAGGUGUGUGGUAGUGGGUUCCGGCGGCGUGGGCUCCAUGGCUGCCUAUGCGCUUAGCUUGAAUUCUGAAACGACUGCCAUUGUGAGAUCUGAUUAUGAUCAAGUUUCCAAACAUGGCUUUUCCAUCGAUCUGGUCGAUUACGGCACGAUCGAAAGUUUCAAGCCCCAGCAUAUCGCCAGGUCAAUUGAGGAUGCUACACAGCUAGGGAAGUACGAUUAUAUCGUGGUGGAAGAGCUUAUUGAGCCACUAGUUAGCGCGGAAUCGAUUAUAGUGUUGGUGCAAAAUGGCAUUGACAUUGGAGCGCCAUUUGUGGAGAAGUACCCGAAAAAUGUCGUUCUAAGUGGAGUUUCGAUGAUUUCGUCUACGAAUUACAGUGGAAAAAUUACCCACGUCGGUCACGACGAGUUGAUGGUGGGUAUUUUUCAAAACCCUGCUUUGGAGGAUAAGCCUCAGGAAAUGGCUGCGAAAACUUUUGUGGACUUGUACAAGAACGACAAGAACGAUUGCGUUUUCGAUGAAAAUGUAAAACUCACUCGCUGGCGGAAACUCGUCUAUAACGCCACGUUAAACACAGUAUGCACUUUGACAGGUGUAGAUGUGGGGCGUUUGGAGCUUUUUGGCGGUAUGGACCUUGUCAGGAAGGCCAUGAGAGAGGUGCUUAAUGUGGCUAAGUCAGAUGGAGUGGAUUUGCCGGAAGAUAUCAUGGAGUUUAUGAUUCGGUCGGAUGACGGAAACUACUACGAGCCCUCGAUGUUGGUGGAUAUCCGGAAAGGAAACUACAUUGAGUUGGAGGUUAUUUUGGGAAAUGCCGUGAGAAUUGCUGAGCGCAAUGGCGUGGAUGCCCCACUCUCGCAUUGGUGUACGACUUGUUGA